AUGGGCUACUAUGAAUUUGCUGAGAUGCUAGAGGCAGCGGCAGGAAAUGGCAGCAGUAGUAGCGGCGGAACAGACUCGAACAAGCCCUACACUUGUAAAGAUACAUUCCCAACAGAGGACGUAGUGCUCGGUAUCUUGUUGGGCAUUGGUAUCUUUAUCUCCUUCUUGCCACAGAUCCUGGUGCUAAUCAUCAGGAAGAACAUUGAAGGCCUCUCAUUGAUAAGUUGUUGGUUCAACUAUGUCAACUGCAUGGGCACAUUCCUCAACGUGCUCUUCCUCAACUGGUUCGCCUUUGCCUGUUGUCAUGAUUACAUGACUGAAUGGGUAUGCUUCCAGAACCUGAUACCAGUAUCACAGUUGGGUGUACCAUUCGUUACCACUGGUGUAAUUUUCGCACUUUAUGUAAUAUACCGUCCUAUCCUCCCACCGUUCGCCGCUGUAGAGGAGGCUAGAAGACAACAGAAACUUCGUCUAAUGGAGCAGACGCAAAAGAAUGAGCAAGCGAAGCUCGAUGGUGAUACAUCAUCACCAACAACAAACAACGACAACAAGGAUCUGCCUUUUGUCGAGCCAGUAACUGCCCCCAGCGAGGUAGACAACAGCAAAGAACAACAAACCACCACUGGCAAUGACAAUGAUGAAGACACCUCAUCAUCGUCGAGCGAUGACAAGAAGAAGGACAAGAAGAAGAAGGUGAAGGGAGAGAUCCCGCCAGACAGUUUCUUGCUAAAGGAUGGUGAUAACAAGAUUGAGCGAUUCUUCAUUCGCAUGGACUGGUACAGUGUGCCCUUUUUCUGGGGUAGCAUGGCGGCGUCGCUCAUCUUCUUCCUAAUUGGCCUUGGACUUGUGCUUGGAUAUGGUGCCAAGUCUGACAUUGUUUCCGGCUAUGCCUACGCCAUGGGUAUCAUGGCAUCAGUUCUAGUGUUCCUUCAAUGGUUGCCACAAAUAUAUACAACAUGGAUAUCCGAUAAAAUUGGAAGCCUCAGUCUUGUAUCACUGUGUAUCCAGAUACCUGGUGCAAUACUGAUAUGUUAUAAUCAACUUUCACUUGGUCAGUCUUGGACCACUUGGUUCCCCUACCUUGCAACAGCUGUACAGGAGAUAGUGUUGCUAGGAAUAUGUGUAUACUAUCUAAUUAGAGACAGGAAGAAGAGAAAGAGAGAGAAGAAGGAGAAAGAGGAAAGAGAUGCCAAGGAUUCAGCAGCAGCAGCAGCACCACCUGGUGAAAAUUCAAACAGCAACAAUGACAAUACAUCUGGCGCCAAUAACAAUGACAACAACAACAGCAACAAUGACAAGAAUGACAACUAUAAUAGUAUAAUCAGUGACACAAAUAUCAAUGAUAGUGCCAACAACAAUAAUAUUGAACAACAACAACAGCGUCUCCAGGAGUCUGAGAAUAUCUCCAAACAUGAGCAACAACAAGAACCAGAGAGUGAUCACAGUGAGAGUGAUAGCGAUAGCAAUGACAAUGAAAUUGAUGAGGGGACAAAGAGCGAGACAGUCGAGUUGGACAAAAUGUAA